GAUCCACCCUGACGAUGAACAACACGGCACCGUCAACUAAUCCGUUUGAAUUACCAUCAGACAUCGCCGUUUUAGUGAUUGGCGUCUUUGGCGUUAUCACAAAUGGAAUUUUAUUACUUGUUAUGUUUUUGGAUCCUUUGAAAUGCUUUCGUCGGCCAAGCAUGUACUUUGUUAUAAGUUUGGCAUUUUCAGAUUUAUCUACUGGUAUAACAUCGUGUCUGAUUUCUAUGCAAAAACGUGUCACAUCGGAAUACUUCAGAAAGUUUAAUAACUCUUCAAUAUGGGCUAGUGUUGAGAACUCCUUCAUUACAAUACUACUAAUGGCAAUUGAACGUUUCAUUGUCAUCCGAUAUCCAAUCAAAGCUAAAAGUAUAAUCACCACAAGACGUAUAUUCAUAGCUAUAGCGGUCACGUGGUUGGUGUCAAUAGUACUUGGUGCUGGUGUGAGCUUUCCAAAACCUUAUAAUGAUUACGUCAUGUUUGGUUGUCUUAUCGAGUGUUUUUUAAUUAUUCUUGUCAUGCUGGGUAUAUAUUUCAGAAUGAGUGUUCUAUUAAGGAAAUCAUCAAAGAUUUUUCGUGGAAAACAGUUUACUCGUCAUGGCAGCUGUGAGCCUGGAAAGAAACCUAAGAAAAAUGCUACUUACGAACGUAGUCUUAACAUGGUCGUAUUCUAUCUGGCACUAGUUCUUAUUAUAACCGUCUUACCUCACUUAUUAAUUGGACAAGUAUACUUGGGCUAUACUUUGUUUUACCCAACACUUCCUCGGCCUGUUUCACUUCAAUAUGCUCCAUAUAUAUCAUUUCCAGUCGAGUUGCUGAAUUUUGUCCUAAACUCAGUAAUUUAUGCCUACAGAUUACCGCAGUUUCGAACAGCAUUGUGCUAUUAUCUUAGAAAAAAAAGAAGAAAUGGGCGUCGUGAAGGAUCUAUUUCGAUCUUCAGUCGGCAUCGAAAUUCAUCGAAAGAUGACCGUACUAGUGAUGUCAUGAUAUAAUUAUUGAUCUUUUUCUUUGUGCACAUAUUGCUUCAGAUUUGAGAAGAAUUAUGUCAUUAUUUUGAAAAGAACAAGGAAAAUAGACGUCAGUUUGGAACUAUUUCGACAUUGAGUUGACAUGAGAAUUCAUCGAAUGGUAACCACAAUAUUGAAGACAAUCAAUCAAUCAAACUUUUAUUACUGUAUACCUCCACAAUUACAAAAUGUCAAGGUACGAGGUGGCUAAGAUGUAUUUCAGUUGAUGUAGUGGACUAAACUCAAGUAAUUACAUAUUCAUUAGUAUAUGUAUAAUCACACGAGUAGGAGUGCAAUUAAUGAUUAACACUACGAGUGAUAUUUGACAAAUCAUUAAUUGCACUCCUGGAGAGUACAAUUAAUGAUGGUAAUAGAACGAAUAGGAGUGCUAUUAAUGCCAUAAUCAUACGAGUGAUUGCAAAAUCAACCGACCGCGUAGCGGGAGGUUGAUUUGUUAAUCACGAGUAUGAUUAUGGCAUUAAUAGUACGACUUAAUUCGUUCUAUUACUUAUUAAUUAUUUAUCUUCUGUAAUCAAACUGUUUAAAGGGGAAAAGC